UUUCCCUCUUUCUUUCUUUUGUGUAUUUGAGCCUAUGUCUAGAUGUUAUGUGUGUAUUGGGAGACACUGCUUUGUGUUUGUGUAUUUGAAUUUUAGAUUCACAGAAAACUGUAUUUGUUUUGUUUUCGAAAUCUCAUAGACUGCAUCUCGUUUCCUUCAAGAAAUGAAUACAGCAUUUGUUAAUUGUUCGCAAAACCUUUUUUUUUUUCAUUAUUUGACCAGCUACCAGAGAAUUGUUGGGAUUACGGGCGAUUUGGCCAAGGUCUUUCAGAACUAGUAUAGUGUUUUGGUUCCCAUAGCUCUGAGAUCAAGUUGUCUCCCUGGAGCCUCGCUGACAGGGGCCCUCAGACAAACUUCUAGCCUCCAGUGUGUUUACCCCGGUUGCCAUAGCGGCCACGCUUGUCCUUCCCCCUUCUCCUGACUCACCUUCGUGACGUCAUAGAGCUAUGGCCAAUGGGCAAGCAGCUAUGCGUCAAGCCCCGCCCUAGUUGAGGGCGCGGCUAUUGCCGCGAGCAGACGCGCGAAUCUAGUGGGAAGCAGGCUGGUGCGGCGCGGCGACUGCGCCCAUUCCACCCGCGGCCGCCGCCCGCCUCAGAACCACGAUGUUCCGGAUGUUGAGCAGCAGCUUUGAGGACGACCCCUUCUUCGCAGAUUCUUUUCUUGCACACCGAGAAAGUAUGCGUAACAUGAUGAGAAGUUUCUCUGAACCUCUUGGAAGAGACUUGCUCAGUAUCUCUGAUGGUAGAGGAAGAACCCAUAAUCGUAGAGAACGUGAUGAUGGUGAAGACUCCUUAACUCAUGCAGAUGUCAACCCUUUUCAGACAAUGGAUCGGAUGAUGGUAAAUAUGAGAAACAGUAUACAGGAGUUACAAAGAAACUUUGGCCAGCUUUCAAUGGAUCCAAAUGGGCAUUCGUUUUGUUCUUCCUCUGUUAUGACCUAUUCCAAAGUAGGAGAUGAACCACCAAAGGUUUUCCAGGCUGCAACUCAAACCCGUAGGGCUCCAGGAGGAGUAAAAGAAACCAGAAAAGCGAUAAGAGAUUCUGACAGUGGACUAGAAAGAAUGGCUGUCGGUCAUCAUAUCCAUGACCGAGCUCAUGUCAUUAGAAAGUCAAAGAACAACAAGACUGGAGAUGAAGAGGUCGACCAGGAGUUCAUCAAUAUGAAUGAAAGCGAUGCUCAUGCUUUCGACGAUGAGUGGCAAAAUGAAGUUCUGAAGUACAAGCCUAUUGGCCGAUCAGGAAACACUGGAAUGCGAAACGUGGAUCAUGAGCAUCUAGGGUCACGGGAACUCAAAAGGAGAGAGAAAAUUCAUCGAAAUUCAACCAUUGAGAGUGGAAGAAGAGCAAACAUUUUUGUGGACAAACUCAAUGUCAAAGGAUCACCUGUGAAAAUCACCAAAAAAUAAAUAGCCGUGCAUUUCAUUUGUUUAGUUGGUUAUUUUAACAGAGUCAUGGCAUGGUGCUAGAUAAUAUACAAAAGACCAAUCUCCUGUUGUUAAAUCAGUGUGUACUUUGCAGCUUUCUUCUGAAUAUGAAUAAUCUUGUAAGUUUUAGCUUUACAUUGUUCAUACUUUAGGAAUAAAAUUUUGAUGUUCAACAA